AGAGGAUCAUUGCUUUGGGUGCCAAUUGGUCGGGUGUUGUUUCUACGACUGAUGACACCAUCCGAGUCCGGACAGGUAUGCUCUGGGGCGAGGUGAUGCGAGUGCUGUGGGAGAAGAACAAGGCUCCCAUGGAUCGCCCAGCCUUCGACCAGAUGUCCAUUGGAGCCUCGGUGCGCGUCGCAGCACAUGGCUUCCGAAAGGACGGAUGGUUCAUCGACUUCCUGCGGGCCGUGCAGGCCGUCGAGCGUGGCACUGGCAAGGUGGUGGAAGUGAAGCGUGGAGAUUACAACUGGUGGAAGGUGGUCUUCGGAACAGACUACAUCGUGACAGAGGCGGAGUUUGAGACCCAACCGAACCGCCUGGUCUUCGUCACCGGUCAAUAACAACCAGCUUCCGCAUCCACGACUCAACAGGAGGUGGACCAGUGGGUUCAAACAGAGGCCUUUGGAUGGAGGGAUGCUCCCUAUGUCAACAUGAGCAUCAACGGUGUUGCGAUCAAUCGGAAAUGGUACACACUUGACCCUGUGGGUGUUGAUGAGAAGACUCAGUCGUGCUUGGAUUAUGCAAGGCGUUUGGUGUGGGCUGAUACCCCUGGCAUUGACAGCUUGGGUGACGCGCAGACCAUCAUCCAGCAGAAUUUUCUCAUCUCCUUCUACUGCGGUCGGCAAUUUCUCACCAUUGCCAACGUGGAACUCUUUGUAAAGACGGAGGAUCCCUUUGACUGGGACAAGAUUGCCUUGUUCUUGGUGAAGUUCCAUGCAAAGUACUCUGGCCGAACCGAUCUUCGCGAGCGCAGACGCAAUGGUUUCACAAUCACAGCCUUUGACGCGGUCGUAAACACUGGAGAAGAAAUUGCUCCAUGGUUCGACAUGCUCUACAAUGACCUGAAGAUCAAGAGUGGCACGCCUCAUCCUGGAAAAUAUGUCGUGGCCGAUGCUGGCAACAUCCAGCUGAUUGAUCAUCCAAAGUUUUGGAUCGAUGCCAGCGAGACGUUCUGAAGACGUUCUGAAGACGUUCUGAUCUUCAAGGAGUCUUGGUGCAUCUGCGAAGUGUAUAGAAUCGUGUUGGUGGUUUCAGAG